UUCAACGCAUAAGGACAGAAGAGAGACUUGGGUGGAGUGAGCUUAUCGGACGCUGGCACCUGCUGAGAUGCGCGUUUCCCUGAUUUCCCCACCAAUUUCCUCCUGAAGCAUUACGCAUGCGCCACUCCUCUGGCUUGCCGUAGAAAAGCGAAAGUCAUCCAAUAAGGAGCAUGUCAUAUGCUAGAUUGGUGUCGCUGUGUGCCGCGGCUCCGGGGCUGGCGGCCCUGCUGAGCGGCUCUGUGCUGGCUGCAGGUGAGGGGAAGAAGAAGAGCAACCAGCCGCCUCUGAGCAUCGAGGAGCUGCCGUCUCUGUACACCAGCCCUGAAGCUGCGGUGCCCCAGUACGUGGAGCCCGAGGCCGGGCCGGUGGAGGAGAGGGUGGCCUCACUGAGGAAAUGGGCAGAACCAUACACGAGCCAGUGUCAGGAAACUGGCCGGGCUGCUUUGGAGAAAGUGGAGCAGGUGUAUCAGAGGGUGGAGCCCAUCAUCAGCACAUCAGUAACAACAGUCACAGAUGCGUACCAGUUCCUCAGUGACCCUCCUCCUGACCUCUACCCCAGUGUGGCGGUGGUGGGUUUCUCCGGCUUCCUGGGACUUUAUUUGGCCAAAGGCUCCAGGCUGAAGCGUCUGGUGUUCCCAGUCGGCCUCAUGGCCCUGAGCACCUCCAUGUUUUACCCUCAGCAGGCUGCAUCCGUGUUGAAGGUGAGUCGAGACUCGGCGUACACCUGGACUCAGCAGGGCCGCGCCGCUCUGGAGACUUUGUGGAAAAAUCCACCUUUUGGCAAAAAGGAGCCUGAGAAGAAAGAGCAAACGAAGGGCAGCAACACGAGCAGCUGAAGACGGCGACCCACUAACACACCUGUGUACCUGUAGCUUACUCACACAUUUCCCACACAGACAGACUCCCAGAGCUGCCGAUCGUUACAUGUGAGCUUCACUUUGAAUCUUUCCAAAACAUCUCCGCCUCUUCCCAGAAGGAGUUUGGCUCAUUGCACUGGACACCUCCUCCUUUUCCUCCUCUGUAAACAUUCCUUCUUUCUCCUUCGAUGACUUCAGCUCCUCCGGUUUAACAGGUCACAGUGUCACCUUUCAAAACACUUCCACGUACUUUAACGUCCCAUUCUGCUACAGAGACGCACUAAACUCGGAAGUACUGCCAAAAAUAACAUUCAGAUCAGUCCGAUCAGUCGUUAAGAUCCAUUUUUAUUAAUAUCUGUCAGGACUUUCUUCUUCUUUUUCUCCUAUUUUGAAGUAAACUGAAUAUUUUGACUGUCAAAAGCAGUUUGAAGAACUGGGAUUGACUUCUUUCUUUAGUUUUUACUAUUUAUGUCAAUGAAUUUAGACACCUGCAGUUUUCCCUCUUUCCUCUGGAGGAGGAUGUAAACGAAUGAAGUCUCCCCUGAUGUAGUAUUCAGGUCACACUGUGAUUCUUAUAAUCCUGAUUUAAUGCAGUAUUAAUGUGUGCAUCCAUCUUCAGGUAUUAAUGAACUGUAUAAUAUCCAUGUCUAAUAUUUUACUGUAUAUAUUAUGUGUAAUUAAAUCCAGUAUUUAACACUAAAA